GAUGACGCCGGAGACUCUCCGCCUCCCCGGAAGCCGCCAGUGCCGCCGCCCUCCUCCUCCUCUAGUACCCGGUGACGCCGCCCCCAGACUCCGUUACACAACACUCCAGCCUGGACCCGUCAACAUGCUGUGCAGAGCCGCGCUGAGGAGCCUGCUGUCUGCCGGCCACUGCAGGAAAGUCCCCGGGAUCAGGGCCAGUCAUGUGGAGCAGACAGACUGGAAUGAUGCAAAGCGGUCAGAGAAGCCGGAGCUUAGACCAUUGUAUAUGGAUGUCCAAGCCACCAGUCCACUGGAUCCCAGAGUAUUAGACUGUAUGUUGCCUUACCUGGUGAAUCAUUAUGGAAACCCUCAUUCAAGAACUCAUGCCUAUGGCUGGGAGAGCGAGAAGGGGAUGGAAAAAGCAAGAGAGCAAGUGGCCUCCUUGAUCGGAGCAGAUCCCAAAGAGAUUAUUUUCACAAGUGGCGCAACUGAAUCUAACAAUAUUGCUCUCAAGGGUGUUGCCAGAUUCUACAAGUCUCGCAAAAAACACAUAAUCACCACUCAGACUGAACAUAAGUGUGUCUUGGAUUCGUGCCGCUCAUUAGAAGCCGAAGGAUUCCAAGUCUCUUACCUUCCUGUCCAGAAGAAUGGACUGUUGGAUUUAAAGGUUCUGGAAGAAGCCAUACGGCCGGAUACAGGCCUGGUGUCUGUCAUGACUGUGAACAAUGAAAUAGGAGUGAAGCAACCUGUUGCUGACAUAGGUUAUAUUUGUAGCUCCAGAAAAGUAUUUUUUCACACAGACGCUGCACAGGCAGUAGGCAAGAUACCAAUGAAUGUGAAUCAAAUGAAGAUUGACCUAAUGAGCAUAAGUGGACAUAAGAUCUAUGGUCCUAAAGGAGUUGGAGCCAUUUAUGUCCGCCGGAGACCAAGAGUAAGACUGGAGCCCCUGAUCAGUGGUGGAGGGCAGGAGAGGGGUCUGAGAUCUGGGACAGUGCCAGCACCUCUCACUGUUGGGUUUGGUGCAGCCUGUGAAGUAGCUGAGCAGGAACUGGAGUACGACCACGAGAGAAUCAGCUAUUUGGCUCAGAAGCUGAUUACAAACAUAAUGAACAAUAUCCCAGAGGUUGUGUUGAAUGGAGAUCCUGAGCAACGGUACCCAGGUUGUGUAAACCUAUCUUUUGCCUAUGUGGAGGGUGAGAGUUUGCUGAUGGCUUUGAAAGAUGUUGCUCUUUCAUCCGGAAGUGCUUGUACAUCGGCAUCGCUGGAACCUUCAUAUGUACUGAGAGCCAUCGGAGCAGAUGAAGAUUUGGCUCACUCUUCUAUCAGAUUUGGUAUUGGCCGCUUUACAACAGAAGAAGAGAUUGAUUAUACUGUGAAGAAAUGCAUCCAAGAGGUGAAAAGGCUCAGAGAAAUGAGCCCACUGUGGGAAAUGGUGCAAGAUGGGAUCGAUCUGAAGAACAUACAGUGGACACAGCACUGAUUACCAAGGACUCCUGACAAAGAACAUGUUGGAUGGCUUCUGUUACAAUGGGAUACUCCUACGGCUGCCAGCACUUCCGCGUCUGUCAGUCUGACGCCUGUGUGAUCUCAUCCCCAUGUCUUGUUUUAUGUUCGAUAUUUAACAGUUACAGGGAAAUCCUCUUGAGUUUCGUCUGCCACAGAAUGAAUACAGGCUCCAUUCACUUUCAGCAGAUUUAGAAGAGCAACCAAUAUUUGUGAGCUUUAAUAAAGACUGUAAUGUUCUUUGGUGCGGUGUGGGCCCUGUUGGUACACUUCCAGAUUUCUCUAUAUAUAUUUCUAUGGUCCCUUGGGCAUAAUUUAGCAAAUAUACUGGAUCGGAGAAUCAGAAGGUUUAGACGUUUUCACUGUUUUCCUAGACACCAAAUGUUGCUGUGGACCACCAUACCAUUGUAGCCUGAUCGCAUAAACCCAUUCAUAUACAUUAGGCCUCAUAAACACUACUAUAUUUUGAAUCUGUGUCCAAUCAGGUCUGUGCGCACUUUUUGCGGAUUGCACACAGACCUAUUCAUUUCCAGGGGUCGGCAAAAAAAAAAAAAUGGACUGCACACAGAUGUCACCCGUGUGUCUGUUCUUAAAAACGAUAGAAAAUGUCCUAUUCUUGGCCACAAAAUGCAGACCACGGACCCAGUGAAGUCAAUUUGUCAAUAAUAGAAUCAAAAACUGACAUCCAUGUUUUGUGGAGCGCAAAAACAGAUGGUCGUAUUCAUGAGGCCUUAGAUUGAUAUUGUCUGUUGCCAGGAUUGGUGGCUGGUUUUCCUAAUAACCUGUAGGGCAACAGCCAAACCAUCUGAAGUAUGGAGUCCUGGCAGAGAGUGAAGUUAAAGGAGUUGUACAGAAUUAUAAAACCAUGGCCGUUUUCUUCCAGGAGCAAUGCCAUACCUAUCCACAGGUGGUGUGCGGUAUUGUUCAGCACCGUUUAAUUCAGUGAGACUGAGCUGCAGUACCAGCCACAACCCGUGGAUAAGUGUGGCGCUGUUUCAUGAAUAAAGCUGGUUUUGUAUUCCUGGACAACUCCUUUAAUGAACCCUGUUAGAUUUAACCAGCAGCUUUUGAUGCAUUUGAGCAAAACAUAUUGGAGUCUGAUUAUAAGCAAGGCAUUUCUGGUUGAUGACGCUUACAAUGUAUUCUGGGAUCUAGCGUCUAGUUGCUUGUGCUAGCUGCAGCUUGGUAUCUUCUCUGUAUUUGCCCUUGCCAAGAUUUUCAAGUAUUUUCUAAGUGUUUUUGCAUUUCUCAACUAGAGAGCAGCUGUCUGACUAGAACAAACUAUAAUAAUAAUAUAAUAGUAAAUCUAAGUAUUUUCAUUCUAUACCAUGCUGUUAUUAAAGGAGUUUUCGCAGAAUCGACACUUACCCCCUAAACUCAGGAUAAGGGGAUAAGUGCCUUAUUGCUGGGACCCCUGCGAUCACAAAAAGGGAGUCCCAUGUCCCCCCAUUUGAAUGGAGUGGUUAAGUACAUGAGACCUCCAUUCAUUCUUGUGGAAGGUGGGCCCCCCAGCCAUCGGACACUUAUCCUGUGGAUAGGGAAAAAGUGUUGAUCCUGGAUAACCACUUUAAAGGCUAUGGACAACCCUUGGGGCAAUUUUUAAAUGAUUGCAUGUUACUCAUUUUUGGCUAAAAAUCUUUUAAUUUUUUUCAUUUAGACUUUAUUAAAAGUUUUCAACAGUUUUUGUUCCACGUGGUUAGGUUUUAGUCUAGCUGCAGAGUAUCUUACUUUCAGUCUUGGACAGAAUGGUCAGGUUGCUGCUAUGACUGCUGAUUUAUAGCCCUUUUCUCUGAAUUCCUAACAGCUCAUAAAACGCUAGUUAUAGCUAAAUUCUUAUCAAUCUGAUAACAUGACUUAAGAGUAUUUAUAAGCUGUCAGGAAUUCAGAGAUAAGGCUAUACAUAAAGCCUUCAGAGCAGCAACCGUUCAGUGCCAAAGCAAGAUACUCUGCAGACAGACUGAGACUUUACCAUGAAGAACAAAAGCUGUUAAAAAUUUAUAGUACAGGCCAAUUGAAAAAAAGAUUUUUGUUCCAAAAUGAGUAAAAUUCAAUCAUAAAAACUGUCCCUAAAGCCUUUGUUUAGCUCCCUUUUUAAGAUUAUCUCGUUAUUAUUCUACACUUAUAUAUUUUUUUAGAUUAUUAUUACUACGUUUAUUCUUCUGUUUGUGAAAUGGGGCUCACACAGUGCAAUUGCUUUUGCCAGAAAAUAGAGAAGUGUAAAGCAUUCCCUUAUACUUCUCUUUUUGGGACCUUCUCCCAUGCAGUGGCCAUGUUGGUGAAUGCGGCCUUGUAGCUGUUUUCUGCAGCAGACGGAACGUAAGGUUGGUGUCCACACACAGAAUAUUACAUUCACUUGAACGCACAAGGACACACAACAGUGUGCUCCAAUCUUAUUGUGUAAUGUAGUAACGUGUGUGUGGGCAUGAGGUCUUCUAGGUUAUAGGCCCUUUCUUCCUGUCAUGUUCUAAGCUUGUAAAUUCUGUCAGGUUAUUUCUAGAAAACCUGCAAUCUCUGCAAGAGAACUCACUAUUACACAAUAUUUAUCCGCCAUAUUUUUGCCUUAUUUUUGCUCAGGUUUGUAUAAAUGUAAGGCUAAUGUACAGUGUCAUUUAAUAUUUUGCAUCUGGAAGAUUGCAAAUCAAUAAAAAGUUCUGAGAUUGUG